AUGGCGAUGGCAGGUGGGCGUAUUGUGACGAUGUGCAUGGCGGCUGCGGCGCUGCUGGUCUCUUUGACCGGCGGCGCGGGCGUGGCGGCGGCCUCAGCGAAGGAGCUACGGCAAGGCUUCUCGGCCGCCCACGACACGUCCUACUCGCACUUCCAGCCGGUGCUCACCGACCCCACCGGCGUCUUCGCCCUCGGCUUCCUCCGCGUCAACUCCACCACGCUCGACCUCGCCGUCCUCCACCUCCCUUCCGCUUUCCCCCUCUGGCGAGCCAUGCCGGACCGCCCCGCGCCGUGGUCCGCGGCCGCGUCCCUCUCCUUCAACGGCAGCCUGGUGCUCACAGACGGCGCCACCAACCAAGUGAUCUGGUCCACCGCCGCGGCGGCCGGCGACCGCGCCGUUCUCCUCAACACGUCCAACCUUCAGAUUCAGAGCAGCGGUUCGCCCGUUGCCGUGUGGCAAAGCUUCGACUACCCUUCGGACACCAUUGUCCAGGGGCAGAACCUCACCUCAUCGGCGGCGCUUCACUCCAUCGACCAGCGAUUCGCCAUGCGGCUCGGGAGCAACUACUUCGCGCUCUACGUGGAGCCGCCACCGUUGUCGUCGGGCAGCGUCGCCGCCGCCAUGUACUCCAAGCACACGGCUCUGGAGGCCAAGGCCCGGAUCGUGGCCGGCGGCGGCCCGAUAUACGUGCGCGUGGAGCCUGACGGUUACCUCGGCAUGUACCAGAAGGAGGGAGCCCCCGCCGACGUCAUGUCCUUCGACACCUUCAACCACGGCGUCCGCGCUCUCCGCCGCAUGACUCUCGAGCCCGACGGCAACCUCCGCGCCUACUACUGGGACGGGUCCCGGUGGGUGCUCGACUACACCACCAUCACCGACUCGUGCGAGCUGCCCACCACCUGCGGCGCCUACAGCGUCUGCGUGCCGCCCAGCGGCCGGUGCGCGUGCCUGGCCAACGCCACCGACGGCCCGGGCUGCGCCGCCCCCUCCGUCGGGAGCGGGCUGUGCGGCACCACGGGCGGCGAGGUUGGCGGGCUGUACUCGGAGGUGCGGAGACACGGCGUGGAGCCGGCGAACAAGGAGCUGCUGGGGUUCGAGCACGCGCCGUCCGCGGGAGACUGCGAGGCGCUGUGCGCGCGCAACUGCAGCUGCUGGGGCGCGGUGUACAGCAACGGGACGGGCUACUGCUACCUCAUGGACUACCCGGCGCAGCUGAUGGUGGCCGCCGACGAGAAGAAGCUGGGCUACUUCAAGGUGAGGAGCGUGGGAGAGGCGGCUGCGCGCGGCGGGAGGGCGACCGGCGUCAAGGCGGCGCUGCUUGCGGUCGGCGUCGCGGUGGUGGCUGCCGCCGCUGCGUUCGGGGCGUACAGGGUGUGGGACAGGAGGCGCCGUGCGGCAGCGGAGACGCGGCAGCAUUUGGGCGCCGACGGUGAUGGGCUCUCGCCGGGUCCCUACAAGAAUCUGGGAUCCUUUAGCUCCGUCGAGCUCUCCAGCAGCUUCAACUCCUUGCGGAGGUAG